AUGGCAGCAGCCUCCGUCUGGCUGCAGCUCCCUCCCCAUCGUCUCCACAGCCCCCUGCUCUCACUCCCAAGCAACCAUUCUUCCUCUGCAUGCCCUCCAGCAUACAAGAAGCAUGCCGUGCUAGGUCCAGGGAGAGGAAACCACCUUCUCUGCGGUGCUUCUGGCGCCACUUCUUCUGUGGUGACCAAGGAGCAGGAGGGGGCAGCCUCUGAUCCUUCGUCAGAGGAAGGAUCUCCUGAGCCUGAAAUCUAUAGCUACAAGGAUGACCCCAACUUCAGGGGCUGCAAGGGCUGCGGCAGGGAAGAGGUUGAGAGGGGCUGCAAUGGCGAAGGGCGGAUCCAGGGUGGCAUAGCCGCCGUCCCGGGCUUCGGCUGGUGGCCCAUCAAGGCGUACCGGCCGUGCCCCGGCUUCAUCGCGUCCGGCGGCCGCUACCGGCGCCAGGGCCAAAGCAUGGACGACGUUGCAUCCGGCAGGGGAAAGAAGAAGCCCUCUCCCGCCCAAAAGAAGAGCGACAACAAGUAA